AUGAGGGACGGUCCCCUGGGGGAGCGGCUGUUGUCGCCGUCGGGAGCUCGCCCUCCGCCGCUUUCUUGCCCCGACUCGUUGGGUGUACAUACACCCCCUCAGCCGGCGUCUCUCGACGAGUUUGGUGACCCGUACGCGACUUUCUCGCGUCGGGAGUUCUUUGGCACAUCCGCUGCUCGCCAGCGGGUGCUGGAGCAGCGCAAACGAAGAGCGAAGAAAUUCUACGGUAGCCGAACUAUUGGAGAAGUCGGAAGUUUUGUGUAUCUUGUCAACCAGAUCUUCGGCGCGAGUCUAGUCGCCGUGCCCUACGUCUUCAAGGCCAGCGGCUUUGUUCCCUGCUUCCUCAGCAACGCGUUCACGUGCGUGGUUGCGGCGUUUGCGGCGCUCAUGCUUCUCCGCGCCAUGACGAUGAUCAAAGGAAACUACGCAUUCCAGCAGCGAAUCGAGUACGCUGCGUGCGUCGCCUACUUCCUCGGCAAGAAACGCGCCGGCCUAGUGCAGAUCUCCUUCUACUUCGCCAUGCAGGCCAUGAACGUUGCCAGCAUCGUCGUCGUGAGUCAGGCUAUUGACCAGCUCCUAAUUCUGUUUGGCGGAUACACAGCAGGCCUGCAAGUGCUCGAAACGCCUUGCUUUCGGCUGUACGACGCAACGGAUUAUGCGCAGUAUUCUGGAGUGUAUCUGUCGACGGACUCCCUGGCGUCGGGAGCAGAUUCGGCUGGGGCUGUUCCCGCCCCUCUCUGUUUCUCUAUCACGCUCGGCUACUUCAUCUGCGCAUGCAUCUGCAUCCCUCUGUCGACGUGUUCGAUGGAAGAAAACAUGGCCGUUCAGUACAUCUCCUUCGCCUUUCUGCUCUGCUCGAUCCUCGUCAUGUCUUUGUCAGCGGGUCUGAAGCUUUUCGCGUCUCCCGAGUCUUCCCUUCAGCUUCUCCCCUCCCCUCUUUCUUCGUUAUCGCCAGCGCCGCCUCCCCUGCUCGAUCCGGCUCCUGACGCGCCGUCCUCUUCCCCCUCGCCUUUCUUUUCUGUUUCCCCGUCACCGUUCUCUGUGCUCGAGGUUUCCUCUCCUGUGCUCUCUUCCCUCGUGAACGUCGACUCCCUAGGCUCAUCUCUGCGAACCGAGUCAGAAAUCCCUCACGAAAAUAUCCGGGGAAACGGCGACGCUGACCCUUUCCAGGGAUCUGUCAACCUCUCCGCCGAAACCCCAGACCUACACCUUUCUUCUCUCUCUUCUCCCUCGUCUUCUCCCUCGUCUUCUCCCUCGUCUUCUCCCUCGUCUUCUCCCUCGUCUUCUCCGUCCCGUUCUGCCUCCCCUUCUGCGUCUUCCUCUUCUACCUCUCACGUUGGCGAGGGAUCUCGAGAGGAGGAAGGCGGUGUCGGCGACGGCCAUGUGCCUCCUGAGAAGCGGCGAUUCAACACACGUAAAUGGGAAGCGCCGCCUCGGGAUCCUGUUGCCUCUCGUGGGAAGAAGAGAAGAAAAAGAGAAGCCGCAAGUGCGGAAAGCAACGGCGACGAGGAAGGGGAGGACAGUGAGGGCGAUGCAAGACCCAGGAGACAAAGCAGGUCUUCCGCCUCACCCUCUCCGUUUGUGGAACCGUCGAAUUUUGCACCGAGCGAUGCUGCAUCGCAUCUUUCAACAACACCGAAACGCGCUUCUCUUCUCCCUUCUUCCUCUCGGUCUUCACCUUCCUCUCCCUCUUCGUCUGAUGGUUCCUUCUUGACCUCUGAGGGAGGGGAGACAGAGGAGGCGACAGGUGUCUCCUGGUUCUCUUCGCUGUGGGCACGUGCCUUUGCUUCCAAGAAGAGAAACCCGGAGACGGCGCACAGCGAGGGAAUCGGAGACAUGGGGCAGAGCGAACAAGAUGGGCGGACGGAAGAGACAGGACGUCGAAAGCCAUUCGAAACGCCUUCGCCCUUUGGCGAAAGAAGAUAUGGACAACUCUUCUCCACCUUCAUUGCGGGGUACUCGUAUGUCACUGUGGUCCCAUGCUGGGCGAAUGAAAUGACUGCCGAAGUUCGAGUCGAAAGGGCUGUUUGGAUCAGCAGCGCCUUCUGUUGCGUCAUCUACUUCUUCUUCGGGAUUCUCCUCGCUGCAGCGUAUCCUGCUCUCAAUUCCGACAACGUUCUCCAGGAGAUGCUGCGCGAUCCCUCGACGCCCCUCGCUGCACGCUUUGCGGUGUACGCAUUUGACCUUUUCACAAUCAUCCCAGGUAUCUUGGUCUACUGCAUCGCCACGCGGUACAACCUCGUCAACAGCGGCUUCUGCUCGAAGGGAAACGCCUUCUGGGUCGGCGUAGUCGCGCCCUUCGCUGUUUCCUGGCUGCUCAUGAACGACGCUUACUUCUCCGGCCUCUUCACCUGGUCGUCUCUGUUCUUCUCUCUGAUGUGCAACUUCAUCGCUCCCAUCGGCGUGUACAUCCUCGCAUGCAAGAAGUUGCCACCCUUGCAGCGGAACUUGCACGGGAAGAGAGGCAAAGUCCUCUUCAGCCCUCACCUCCGCAGAAACGUUCAAGGCGCGCGAGAUCAGGCGACGAGUGCGGAUCAACUGCGGCGCUCGUUGCUUCAGUGGCUGCGAUCGACUCUGCAGGAAACGGCCCAGACUGGCGAGUUAGAUCCUCAGCUUCUGCACUUGCUACUCUCGCCUUCGGCAGUCCCCCGGUUCGACUCUGCGCCCUUGGCUCUCGCCGACGAGAUGCCAGUCGACAGCCGACCCUUCGACGCGGACCUCUUCGAUCCUGUGUUCUCGCAGACCGGAUGCGCCUGGCUCCAUGAAGAAGCGGAAACUGCGGCCGUCGCGGCGGCUGCUCUCCAAAUGCGCGAAGGGCUCGCCGCGCUCGACGGCUACUCUCGAAAAUAUUCGGAGUCGCGGCUCCAGUCGCUGUCGCAACCGAACAGUGCAGCGGGCGCUGGAACCAGUCGCGAGAGCAGCCACCAGGAGACUUCAGGAGCCUCCUCGGUGCUCCUCACUGGGCGCACGACGCCCGUGUCGGUCCCUGGAGACAGGGGACCUCUCGCGCCGUCGCGGCGCAGCUCUCCGCCCCGCGGAGCGCGCGGGAUAACCCCCCCUGGGCCGCAUGCAUUCGCCAGGCGCGAAGGGAUGCAGGUUCGCUCGGGGUUCCGCGAGGCGCGAGACGAAAGCCGCGAGUGCGAGGAAUGGACGGCAGGACGCACCAUCUCGCCCGUCGCGGACCUCGAGCAGAAACACCCCUUUCUCUCUCGCGGGCCCUCGACUCAGACGCCGGCUCAGACGCCGCCGGCGUUUGAGUCGAGGGACGAGAAGGCGUGGCGCGUGAGGCGUGGGCGUUCACCGCGCACCACCUCGCCGCUCUCUUUUCGGUCCUCGACUGACGGCAGAGUCUCCGCGGGGCAGCGCACCCUGGAGGAAGUUGAUCUUCGUCUGCGGAGACACCUUGCUGCGCAGGAAGCCGCGCAGAGAGGCCUCGGUUCGGAGACGCAGCUUUCCUGGUCCUUUUCCCGGGAGCGAAGUCGCAAGCAGUCGCUCGCCAGCGAAAAGUUCCGGUCUCCGUCGCGUCGUGGAACGCGCCUCGGACUGUCUUACUCCGAGAGGCCUGAGUCGCCGCAUGCAUUCUCUCGAGAAGAUUUCCUGGACCAGGACUGGGCCUCGGCUCCGAACCCCAAACCGGGGUUGACGGGGAGCGUGCGGCCGGCACCGGGGAACGCGUUCGCCCAGCGGGUUUUCAAGGGGACGAGCGCGACGUUUUUUCGCCUGAUCAGCGAGGAGGCGAAGCGCGAGGCGCUUCCAGAAGAAGAGAACGGGCUGGUGUGCAUCUCAGGCUUCCCCUCGCCCCGCCUUGCGCCCAGCGCGGUCGGGGCGCGCGGCGACCUGGAGCCGGACGUCGCCGAGUGCGUGACGCGCGACAUCGACGACGACGCCGCCGCGAUUCGCGCACAACUGGAGCUGCCGAAAUUCCUGCUCCAGCACGCCGACGAGGUGGAGCGAAACGUCUGGUUGAUGCGCUUCGCGGACGAGGACUUCGACGAGCCCAGUGGCCGCGGAAGGAGACAGUCCCUCUCCCAAGUCCGCGACCACGGGCGCGCGCACGAGGUGACGCGAGCCGCCAGUGCGGCAGCGGGAGCACGCAGCGACCGGGGACUCUCCGACGAGCUCCUUGUGAAGCCGAGACGGGACGCUGGGCUCGGAGUCCGACCGAGGAAAGCGAGUGAAGACGUUCUGUCGCUUCCGCAGGUUCGCGAAGGCAUCGACGUCCCUGCGGGAGGCCUGCGCCGGAACCGGAGCCGCGCGUUCAGUCGCGGGUCUGUGGGGACUUCCGCGCCCCGUGAAGGCUCCGCGAGCAGCGUCCACGCGCGCUCGUGUUUGGCGAAGAAAACGCGGUUUCCUGACCAAGACAGCGGAGUCACAGUCGUCGAGUCACCGGCCUCCGGCCGGCCCGAGCACAACAAAGCGCCUCGGGGGCGUGACACGAAAAGAGACAGAAUCAGCUUCGCAGGAGACACGGAGACUCCUGCGGUGGGUGUCUCCACGCCGAACCAGGGGCCGCGGGGGCCGGAGACGCGGCGGUGGCCAGCAGACGACUGCACAGCCGAAGGCCGGAGCGUCGCGUCUCCGCCUUUCGGUUCACCCGAAAAGCCAGAAAACCGCGACACGGAAGGCGGCCGCCGCGAGGCGGUCCCACGGUCUUCCGAGGCGGCGAAUUCGCUUCCCCACGAAUCGCUCGACGCAGGAGACAGACGCCGUCUGUCGCGCGAAACACCGCCCCGGGCGUCCGAGAAAAAGUCCUUGGGCGCCGCCUUGCGAGACGCCUCCCGCCCGCCGUCGCCCUCGGCCCCUCUGCGACCGCGUCUCCUCUCGGCGCGGUCGCAGUGCGAGUCAGAGUCGCCAGCCUCUGCUGUCCGGCGCGCGCAGUCGUGUCUCCUGGCUGCGCAUGCGGGGACCCGGGAGGCCUUUGCAGCUUCCGCGAGCGCGUCUCCUUUCAGAUCGCCCUUCGCGAUGUGCCGACGGAGCGGCGACGGCGAAGAGGAACUCGUCCCCUUUCUGCGGGGCGCGAGCUGGCGAGGUCGCCCUCCGGGCCGGGCGUGCCUCGCCCCCGGCCGACGAGGCGUGCGCCUUCCGUCGAGCGCGGCGUCUCGGCUUUUGCCGCGAGAAAACUCCGUGGAGAGGUUGGGAAUCGGCAAGCGUGGCCGCGACGUCCUUCUUCAGCAGCAGGAGCAGUGGAUCCAGCAGCGGUUGGCUGUGCUUUCUCAGAACAGCGCGUCUUCUUUCGAGGCGUCCCCGGGGGGUUCGGCGCCGCCCGGCGGGGUGCACUUACCGUCGCUGACUUCGCCGGUUUCUCUCCAGAGCCAGUCUCUCUCGCGAAGUCUGUCGUCGCCGCCGUUCAGCGACUUCUCGGAUGCCUUCCUCGCCGUCGAGGGCCUGGAAGCUCCGCUGCUGCUGAGCCAGUUGAAGGCGCGGCGAAAAGCGGCCGUGGAGGCCGAGAAGGAGGGGACGGGGCCGCCCUUCGCCUCUGCCGUCGCGGCCUUGGCGGCGCACCCGCUCCUCGCCCGGGGCUUGACGAUCGGAGAGCUGCCAGGAUACGGCCGGGCUGAGGCCUGCGAGCGCAGAGACGAAGAUCCGGCGAACCGCCUGGGCCACGCCCUGCUGAAGCGGUCCGUGAGUGUGCACGCACCUGCGAAGCACCCGCCGUUGACUCGACCCUUUACGCGCGGCUUCAGCGCCCGGCAACUCUGCGUGAAGGCGAGGCAGACGGAACGCCCGGAGACCCGCAGAGGCCGCGACGCGGAAGACUGGGCGCUCGCGAACGACAAGGAGGAGACGGCAGGGCUGGGGGAAGGCCACGGCCCAGCCAGGAGCAAGACGCCUGGCGACGCAGGCCGGGACGCCAGCAGGGAUGUCGAGCUCAGCGGCGAGGGAGGGCUGUCGUCGAGGGUCUCCUCGUGUUCGCUCUUUUCGUCGCCCAGGGAGGCGCCGCUGUCUCCGGAAGCCGACAAGCGUCGCGCGGGGGUCUCCCGCUCCUUGCUGGCACGAUCUCCCAGUUUGUCUCCCGACUCGUGCUCGGCCUCGUCGUGUGUCUCCGCAGAAGACGCAUUCGCGUUUCCACUCUGCGCCGGCAGUUCGUGUCCCUCCUCGGUCUUCUACUCUCCCCGGUCCUCCCUGGCAGAGGGGAGCCCGCCGGCUCUUGCUCUCGCUUCCCACCUGGUGAACCGCGUCUCGGAUUCGGCCUCGUUUUCGUCCGUCGCGUCCAAGUCGGCCGACGAGGAAACCAGCGAGGUUCCACACGCGGCGAUGGCCACGGCGCCGAAACUGCCCUGCCUCGAGUCCCCGUUCUCCUCGCCAGCCUCCCACCGCGACGGACGGUCUUUUGCCGCUGGGGGCGCGCUGAGAGAAGACGCUUCGCGGGCGCGCGCGCGGGGCCACCUGGAAGAGCAAGAGACCAGAGGCGAAGGCGGGGAGCGAGGCAGCGGCGCGCGAGGCAGGCCUGCAGCGGACGACCGAGAAGAGACCGAAAUGGUCUCCCAGGCGCGUGGUGACUUCGCGCUGUCUCAUGGGGAAGAGCCGUUUUCGGAGAGAGAAGAGACGAGCGUCAAGAUUCCCUUCGCGGAAGACAAGACGCCUUCAGUGGCGUUCCACCGAGGAAAUCGCCGACUCGCCACCCUCUCUUCAGGGACAUCUUCCCUUCCGUCGCGCGGCGGGUCUCUACCUCGCAGUCCUUCGGGAGGACUCCCAAGCGCCGCGUCCGGGAACCAGACACCGUCUCGUCCUUUCUCGUGGGUAGCGGCAUCCUCGUGUUCGGCGCCUUCAGCCUCGCCGGCGGAUUCGAGGGCUUCUUGGCGCAUUUACCGAGAGCUGAAAGGCCAAGACUGGAAGGCGAAGCACGCCCCGCUGCUCGCCGAGGCCGACAGAGAUGAGGGAAGGGGGGAAGACAGAGGAGAGCGUCAGGCGAACCCGCAGUCGCGACACCGUGUUCACUACGCCGUUGCGUCUCGCGACGAAGAUGAGACAGGAGCGGAGACGCGGCGACGUGAAGAGGAGCGCGAGAGCACGCGUCUGGGCUUUGGAGAGGAGGCGAAGGAAUUCAGCGAGGCAGCGGCGCCUCCAGUUUCGCGCCCGUUCCCCCAAAGAAGAAAAGGAAAAACAGCCACACUAUGUGUGACGGCUUGGGGGUCCGCUGCGGGUCGAGUCGGAGCAGCGGAGAGUGAGAGCGAUGCCGCCGACAAAGAGGGGGAGGAAGGAACGCAGGGACGCGAAAAAGACGACCGCGACGAAGAAGAAGGCUUCAAAGGACGCGGAGACCUCGUUUCGUCUCUCCCUACCAUUCAAGUGACGUUCGCAGACGACCAAACGGUGUCGGGAUACGAAGAUGCUCUUGCAGUGGACGAGGACUUUCUGACCGGCGAUCUCCUGCCGAUAAAGAUCCACGUGUACCCCACCGCGUUUCUGCGAAACCGGCAUAUUGAGCUGUCGGUCCUUAUUCUGACUUCGCUGCUCGUGUGCGCUUUCGCCAGUCUCUUGUACCAGCUGAUCUGGGGCGAGGACAAUUGA